AUGCAUUUGAAUAAGGCAGCGAUGGUGAAACAUGCGGAAUUUAAUGGCAUCAUAAAUCUCGCGGAGGUUAAGGCGUACUUCGGGGACUACCAGGGUGCUGAGAAACUCUUUCUCAGCUCAGAUCGCUGUGACCUAGCGGUAAAUCUCCGAAGGCGUCUUGGAGACUGGUUCAGAGUGGCCCAGUUGGCAAAAGAGUCUGGCGUCGUAGUUCGUGACAAAGAGCUCUCCGAGGUCUGGACUGCGAUUGGCGAUCACUACUUCAGCAAACAAGACUGGGCUCAGGCUGCAGACCUCUACAAACAAGGUGGGGAGUACAAAAAGUUGGUGCGCUGUCUCAACCUCCUAGAGGAUUACACUGAUCUGGAGAACGUUGUCAGUGAACUCCCUGACGGUCAUCCUCUUCUUCCUGAACUGGCGGGCAUAUUUUCAAGCAUUGGCCUUGGCCAACAGGCGAUAUUCGCUCUCAUGAAGUGUGCCCGCUACAAGGAAGCCAUUGAUGUCUGCCUGGAGCUGAACGAAUGGCAAAUUGCUCUUGAUCUUCUGCCAGCCCUCAGUGGUGACAAUGAUGUGUCUGUCAGCAAACGACGUCUCGAUAACCAACUGAAGGCCUCCGUCCUACAUCUUCUUGAACAAGGUUGGACGGUGCAGGCUGUAGAGUUGCUCAAGCGUGCUGGACACUACCUUGAUGCCGCCAAGCUGAUGCUACGCGAGGCACAGUCAGCCGCGAAGGCAGGAUGUUCUUUGCGCAAAGUGAAGGAGAUUUACGUCCUUGUUGGUCUAUUGGUGGAGAAACACCACGAUCGGAUGCGAUAUGAGCAGGAGAAUAGGCUUGGUGACGGCCGAUGCCAGUCAACCACAAUCCUGGAAUCAAUGCUUAAUGAGACCGCGGAUGAGGUGGAAGAGGGCGAAGGGGACGGGACAGAUGAGGAGGAAGAGAAUGGGGAGAAGGCCACAGAGAAGGAAGAAGAGAAGACCCUCUUCACGGAAGAGUUCAGCGAGGAUGGCGGCCGUGGAGACCGUGGCGGCGGCCACAAGACAAUCGCCGAAAGAAGACAGGCGACCAAGGAAAACAGCGGACGGAAACGAAAGAAGGUGAACUGUCCGCUGGCGAAGCGUCUCCUCCUCAGCACCUACGAGGUGACCCGUCUCGUUGACCAGCCUUGGCGCGGUGCUGAGGCCUACCACUUUCUCAUGCUCUGCCAGAACCAGCUCUAUUCAGGCCACUAUGAGCAUGCUCUGAGGACAGCUUUGCUGUUGAGAGAUCUGGAUGACAUAAUCGAACCCCAGAAGGUCUACUCUAUAAUUGCUGUUUGCGCCUUAUCGGCCCGAGCCUUCGCCACGGCUUCUAAGGCCUUCCUGAAGCUGAAAAACUUGCCAAACUGGACUCCGGCUCAGCGAGAGGAAUUAGAGAAUCUCGCUGUCAAUAUUUUCAGCAGGUAUCCACCAAAGAAUCAGGUGAAAUCUUCUAGCUCCAUGGAAUUGGAUGCAAUGCUUGAAAGGUAG